AAUACUUCAAUCAAGCCAUUGUAUUUAGACAGGACUUGUCCUUAUAUUGAUAAACAAUAUUCUUGUAUUAAGAAUGGCCGAAACGAUUCAAAUUAUCGAUACUGGGAAUGGCAGCCUGAUAACUGCAUGUUGCCAAGGUUUGAUCCUGAGAUUGCCCUCAGAAAGCUUCGAGGAAAGAGACUAAUGUUUGCAGGGGAUUCACUACAGAGAAAUCAAUGGGAGUCUUUUGUGUGUUUGAUUGAAUCUGUAAUCCCAAAAGGCAAGAAAUCCAUGAAACGUGGCCGCGUUCACUCUGUAUUCAAAGCUAAGGAAUAUGAUGCUACAAUUGAGUUCUAUUGGGCUCCAUUCUUGGUCGAGUCUAACACAGAUAUUCCUAUCAAAAGUGAUCCAAAGCAGAGAAUAAUUAAAGUGGACUCAAUUGCCCAACGUGCCAAGCAUUGGUUAGGAGCAGACAUCCUUGUUUUCAAUACUUAUGUUUGGUGGAUGAGCGGACUCAAGACCAAGGCACUAUGGGGCGAAUUCGAAAAUGGAGAAGAAGGUUAUGAAGAAUUAGAUACAACAGUUUCUUAUAGAGUAGCAUUAAGAACAUGGGCAAAUUGGAUUGAUUCAACAGUUGAUCCUAAAAAAACACGAGUCUUUUUCACUACUAUGUCUCCUUCACACCAAAAAAACAAAGAAUGGGGGAACAUAAAUGGGAUCAGGUGCUACAAUGAGACAAGACCAGUAAUGAAGAAGGGACACUGGGGAACUGGUUCAAACAAAGAGAUGAUGAAUGUUGUGGCCAAUGUCAUGGGAAGAAUGAAAGUUCCUGUUACUGUUUUGAAUAUCACACAAUUAUCUGAGUAUAGAAUUGAUGCACAUACAUCAAUAUAUGGUGAAUUGCGAGGCAAAUUGUUAACAGCUGAGCAAAGAGCUAAUCCUUUACAUUUUGCGGAUUGCAUACAUUGGUGUUUGCCUGGAGUUCCUGAUACUUGGAAUCAGUUACUUUUUGCAUAUUUGUAGCCCCAAAUUAUAAUGCUAAACAGACCGAAAAUGAUUCUUUGUAAAGUUUUUCACCCCAUAAACCAACAACACAUGCAAAUUACAUGCAAGUAUGUAACCACGCUGGUUGAACUAUGUAAAGUGAAUCAAUUGCCAGAGUGAUUUCUUCCAUAAUUAACUUUAUAA